GGAGAGAAGUGGAAGAAGAUACGCCCGAGCAAUGAUUCAAAUUUUCAAGGCCAGUGCGCCUUUUAAGUAAUGGUAAGUGAGAACCAGGCUGUCUACAGGUAUAUAAAUCUCUUCAGAAAGGACACAUUCUUACCUUUCGCUAUACGCAAUCACCACACUUUCCAUCUAAUCGUCAUUGUUUUUCCUGUGUGCUGGUCACGCGGUUCGCUCACUUAAUUCGACCUUUUCAAUCAGAUCUUAGUUGCAAGUCUGUCUGUCUAUCUUGCAUCAGCACCAACAUGAAGCUCCUUACUGUCGUUCCCCUUUUCCUCACCCUCUCCUCCGCCCUCACUAUUGGUCUUCGCGAUGGAAGUGCCGCUCUUAAGGCUCGUCAUGACGAAGAGAACGCUAUAAACAGCAAUGCUGCAGGAAGCGAUGCAGGAAACGCCAAUGCUAUGUAUAGCGAGACAGGAAAUGGCAAUACUGCGGACAGCCCUAAUGUUGGAAACGGCAAUGCUAUGUACGGCAAAGCUGCGGACGACAAUAAUGCUGGUAACGGCAAUGUUGCAAACGGUAAUUCUGGAAAUGGGAAUGCUAUGUACGGCAACGCUGGUAAUGCUAAUAUUGCAAACGGCAAUGCUGGAAAUGGGAAUGCUAUGUACGGCAAUGCUGGUACUGGUAAUGUUGCAAACACCAACACUGGAAAUGGCAAUGCUAUGUACGGCAAUGCUGGUAACAGCAACAUUGGGAACACCAACACUGGAAAUGGCAAUGCUAUGUACGGCAAUGCUGGUAACAGCAACAUUGCAAACACCAACACUGGAAAUGGCAAUGCCAUGUACGGCAAUGCUGGUAACAGCAACGUUGCAAACACCAACACUAACAAUGGCAAUAUCAAUGCUGGUAACGCCAAUACUAUGUAUGGCAAAGGUGGAAACGCCAAUACUGGAUAUACCAAUGCCGGGAAAGUCAAUGCUGGAAAAGCCGAUGCUGGGCAAGUCAACACUGGAAACGCCAACGCUAUGUAUGGCAAUACCGCAGGAACUGCCAACAAUACCAACACGACCGCUGCGAUGAACGCCGAAUGUGCGCAGCCCACCGCAGGAGCCAAUGUCAGCACUGUACAUGCUAGGAAUCUGGCCACUCGUAGCACUGACGUGUUAGUCGGAAACCUGAUAGAAAGGGCGCUAGCAACGGCUUUCUCGAGCGUGGUCAAGUUUUUCACGGGUUCAGGAUAGUGUGAAACCCCCAAGGAAAAGGAGCACAGAAUGCCGCUUCUUUGUGCCUCAGGGGUGAGAAGGAUAUGAACUUGUGGGAUGAGAAAGAUAUGGACUUGUGGGAUGGAUGUAAGUGGUUGUAUCGACUAGCUGGGCGAGAAGAUACUAUAUACCGAAUUAUCUACUAGGAGUUGGAGAUCCUUGUAUAUGAGACAGUAGUGG